UUACAAGAGGCAGAAUGAGAGAGCAUUCUUGGCAGCAAAUUUGGAAAAGCAAACGCAUUUUACGUCCUUUUGGUAUCGGAUUGAUGGAGGGCUCAUUUUCUUGUGUGUUCAAGAGGGCUCUCUCCUCUUUCUCUCUCUCCACGUCCUCAUGACUUUCUUCGUGCACAAAGGUUAUACUUAUGGAGUAGAAGGGAAGAUUACAAACCACACUCUGUCAAUUAGCUCUCUAUUGCCUUCUCCUUCUUGCUUACCUUCCUCUGCCAAAGCUAGCAACCGAAAGUCGACGUUGAAACUAGUUCACAAGCAUGGCCUAUGCUCUCCCUUUGAUCGAGACCACAAUCCUCUAAAUCUCUCUGAAAUCCUGCUCCGAGAUCAAUCAAGGGUCAAGUGGAUUCAGUCCCAAUCCUCCAACAGCAGCAGUGGCCAGAAAGCUACAGCAGCUGCCAGUCUUCCGGUGAAGUCCGACAUCACCGUUGGUGAUUACAUAGUGACAAUCGGCCUCGGCACGCCCAAAAAGGACCUAACUCUCCUUUUCGACACCGGCAGCUCAGUCACGUGGACUCAGUGCAAGCCGUGCGUGGGAUCUUGCUACACUCAGUCUGACCCGAUCUUUAACCCUUCUCAAUCAUCGUCCUAUGCUAAUAUCUCAUGCGCCUCAACAUUUUGCUCCCUCGCUGGUUCGGGAUGCUUCGGAUCAACAUGUAAAUAUUCCAUCACAUAUGCUGACAAUUCAUCUUCAGUCGGCUUCUUUGCAACUGAAAAGUUGACAAUAUCGCCGACGGAGGUUAUCGACAAUUUCGAAUUUGGCUGUGGUGAGAACAACUCAGGCAUCUUCGGCACGGCAGCAGGGUUGAUCGGACUCUACAACAACAUCUCCUUCGUGGAACAAACUGCGGCCAAAUUUGGCAAGUAUUUCUCCUACUGCUUGCCCUCUUCCUCUAGCUCUACUGGAUACUUGACUUUCGGCAAGGAUGGUAGGGCACCAAGCUCAGUUAGCUUCACGCCGUUAUCAAAGGUCCAACAAGACUCGGAAUUCUACGGAAUAAGUAUUGUAGGAAUCAGCGUAAACGGGAUUCCUCUAUCGAUACCAUCGACGGUAUUUUCAAGCGCAGGCGCCAUCAUCGACUCGGGAACUACCAUUACCCAAUUGCCUCCAACAGUUUACAGUGCCUUGAGAACCGUAUUCAGGAAAGCAAUGGCGAAUUACACGACAGCUCCGGCGGAUUCCACGGUCGAUACUUGCUAUGACUUUAGCAAAGAGCGCACGGUCACGGUCCCAUCAAUAACUUUCCUUUUCGCUGGAGGAGUCAACAUUGAUUUGGACCGUAGCGGGAUAUUGGUCAUGGUGACGGCCUCGCAAGUUUGCCUAGCAUUUACAGCGAAUGAUGCUGAUAGUGAUCUGAUCAUUUAUGGUAAUGUGCAGCAGAGAACGUUUGAAGUUGUGUAUGAUGUUGCUGGAAGAAAGCUAGGCUUUGCUCCAAAUAGCUGUUCUUAAAUUGGUCGGAUUUUUCCGAUCCGAUUGGAAGGAUCUUCUUAUUUAUAUAUAGUUAAAAAAGAAAUGGUCAGAAAUAUAUAUAUAGUUAAACUUACAUAUUGGAAAGUAGCCCUGACAUCU